UUUUUUAGUUCUCAUUAUUCUUUUGGUCUCCUCCCAACAAAGCAACAGUUUACCAAUUCAGUAAUACAACCCAUAUAGAAAGUCUCAUCAUAAAAAGUCUCUUCAUAUAUAUAAAAAAAAAGAAAAAAGUAAACCGAAAUGACGACCCUUGAAGAUAAAUCGCUUUGGGAAACUACUCCUGAGGAAGAGGUUUUGGGAGCUGACAUUCUGAAGGCGAACACGGAAGAGAUUAUUAACCGGACACGACUGUUGGACAAUGACAUCAAGGUUAUGAAGAGCGAAAAUAAACGUCUUCAAUAUGAGCAGGCAGCUAUGAAAGAAAGGAUCAAAGACAACAAAGAUAAGAUCAAGAUGAACAAGCAGCUUCCAUACUUGGUUGGUAAUGUGGUUGAGUUGCUUGAUAUCGAUCCUGAGGAUGAAGAGGAUGAGGAUGGUGCAGCGAUGGAUUUGGAUGCAAACAGGAAAGGCAAAUGCGCUGUCAUUAAGACUUCAACUAGACAGACAAUCUUCUUGCCUCUGAUCGGAUUGGUGGACCCUGCAACCUUGAAGCCCGGCGAUCUCAUUGGAGUCAACAAGGACAGCUUUCUGGUCCUUGAUACACUUCCUACAGAAUAUGACUCGCGUGUCAAGGCAAUGGAAGUGGAUGAGAAGCCUACUGAACAUUAUAGUGAUAUUGGAGGUCUGGAGAAACAGAUUGAGGAAUUGGUUGAGGCUAUUGUACUUCCAAUGACUCAUGCUGAACGUUUCAAGAAUCUUGGUAUCAAGCCACCUAAGGGAGUGUUGAUGUAUGGUCCUCCUGGAACAGGAAAGACAUUAUUGGCUCGUGCCUGUGCUGCACAGACGAAUGCUACAUAUCUUAAGCUGGCAGCCACGUCACUUGUGCAGAUGUUUAUCGGAGAUGGAGCAAAGAUGGUUCGUGAUGCAUUUGAAUUGGCCAAAGACAAGAAGCCGACUAUUAUCUUCAUUGAUGAAUUGGAUGCUAUUGGAACAAAGCGUUUCGACAGCGACAAGACAGGAGAUCGUGAAGUACAAAGAACCAUGUUGGAGCUAUUGAACCAGCUGGACGGUUUCAGUAGUGAUGAGGGUAUUAAGGUUAUUGCAGCAACAAAUCGCGUUGAUAUUUUGGAUCCAGCUUUGCUGCGCUCCGGACGCAUUGAUCGUAAGAUUGAAUUUCCAGCACCUAAUGAGGAGGCCCGCGCACAGAUUUUGCGGAUCCAUAGCCGAAAGAUGAAUGUCUCUGAUGAAGUCAACUGGGCUGAACUUGCACGCAGCUGUGAUGAAUUCAAUGGAGCUCAAUGCAAAGCUGUCUGUGUUGAGGCAGGAAUGUUGGCACUGCGUCGUGGAGCCAACCAACUGACCCAUGACGAUUUCUUGAUGGGUAUUGCUGAGGUCCAGGCCAAGAAGAAGACUCGUCUAGUGUACUAUGCAUAAGCAAGAAUGGUACGGAGGUCAGAAGGGAAAGGAGGAAAAAAAAAAGAAAAAGAGUGAAAUAUUAAAAAUAU